UACACCCUGGCUCCAAUUUGCCUUUCUAGCUUUAUUACACAUGAUUACCCUUUGCAUACUAUGCAGUCUAGCUAAACUGUCCCUGCUGUUUCUUCCAUGAAACAUUCAAUUAUUUUCCUUAUCUUUCUUUUAAAAAGCUGCACCCUCCCCUCCGUGACUGAAAAGCCUUCCCUCUGUUUAAUCUUCUUAGAAUCGCUAGAUUCUUUCAAGACAUAGAUCAUGUCAUUUGUAACACAAGGCUUUUCCCAACUGUUUGCCCAAUUAAAUGCAUAUGUGUUGUGGGCAGGAACUUUCUCAUUUUUUUCUUUAGCCCCAGGGCCUAGCUUAGUGUUCGACACAUAGUAAGGACUUUAUACGUGUUUGCUACUUGUUUUACCGAUUAGUUGAAACGAUGAUCAAAUAGAGAGAUGACAACCUUUCUGGACUCAAAUUCCUCAUCUUUAUAAUGGGAAGAAUAAUGCCUGUCCUUUCUGAGGCUGCUUCCACCUCGUUUUACUGAUUCAAGGUCCCGGUCUCCCCGCACAGUGCCACCUAGCGGCCUGCCCCCGCCCCAUGCCCUUGCCUUGACUCCGUGACGUGAAGUUGACUCAGAUGCCCUCCAUAGUCCCUUUAAUGACCUCACGUUCCCUUUGGAGGUUUCAGGAUAAGGAGACGUGGAAACGAAAGGAAGCGAGUAUAGCGGGAGUGGGAGGGGUGGAGGACUGCAAGAGGGAGAAAAAGGAGAGAGGGAAGAAGGGAGGGACGAAGAAGCCUUCCUUUUCCAUGGCAACUGCGUGGCGUGCGUGGAGGGGCGUGACGGGACCACGUCCUAGGACCCGACAGGGUAAACGCGGAAGUGCCCCCGUGCCCCCACCCACUCACCCUUCCUCCUCCCCCUUCUCCCCCUUUCCUCCACCCUUUUCUUUCUCUCCUCCUCCACUUCCCCCCUUUCCCCCUUCUCCUUCCUCUCCUCCUCUUCCUUCCUCUUUUCCCUCCCUCCCUCUCUCCCGCCCUCCCGUCAAAAGCCUACCCACAAUGCCUUGCAAUCUGCAACGUAGCCGGAAGAUGGCGGCUGCGGUGUAGAUGUGGGGACCGCGGCUAUCUAGACUCCUUCAGUGACUCCUCGCUUCCUCGGGCCCCGACGGCGUCGGAGGCUCCGACUCCCUAGCCCCAGCCUUCAGCCAGUCCGAGUCCUUCUCCCGCCUUCGGUUUCGCCAGAAUCAUGGCAAGUCCAAGAACAAGGAAGGUUCUUAAAGAAGUCAGAGCACAGGAUGAAAACAAUGUGUGUUUUGAAUGUGGUGCAUUCAAUCCCCAGUGGGUGAGUGUGACCUAUGGGAUUUGGAUCUGUUUGGAAUGCUCAGGGAAACAUCGAGGCUUAGGAGUUCAUCUCAGCUUUGUGCGCUCUGUUACCAUGGACAAAUGGAAGGACAUUGAGCUUGAGAAGAUGAAGGUUGGGGGAAAUGCCAGAUUUCGAGAAUUCCUAGAAUCCCAAGAAGAUUAUGAUCCUUGUUGGUCAAUGCAGGAGAAAUACAACAGCAAAGCUGCGGCUCUUUUUAGGGACAAGGUAGCUACAUUAGCUGAAGGAAAAGAAUGGUCACUUGAAACAUCAUCUGCUCAAAACUGGACUCCACCUCAGCCUAAAAUGGCUCUAUCCUCAGCUCACCGUGCUUCUGGCCAGUCCCAGAAUACAACUGCCUCUUCAGACAAAGCUUUUGAAGACUGGUUGAAUGAUGAUAUCAACUCAUAUCAAGGAGGCCAAGAAAAUCGCUAUGUUGGCUUUGGUAACACAGUACCCACUCAGAAAAAAGAUGAUGACUUCCUCAAUAAUGCCAUGUCAUCACUGUAUUCGGGCUGGAGCAGUUUUACAACUGGAGCAAGCAAGUUUGCUUCUGCAGCUAAAGAAGGGGCUACAAAAUUUGGAUCCCAAGCAAGUCAAAAGUUUUGGGGCUACAAGCAGCAUCCAGAGCCGGCCUCAGAGUUAGGUCACAGUUUAAAUGAAAAUGUUCUCAAACCUGCACAGGAAAAGGUGAAAGAGGGAAAGAUUUUUGAUGAUGUGUCCAGUGGGGUAUCUCAUUUGGCAACCAAGGUUCAGGGGGUUGGCAGUAAAGGAUGGAGAGAUGUCACUACCUUCUUUUCAGGAAAAACAGAUGAACCCUCAGAGAGACCACCUGAGGGUGAUAGUUACCAGAACAGUGGAGGAGGACACUACCAGAACAGUGCUAUAGAUCAGAAUUUCUGGGAAACUUUUGGAAACUCAGAACUCCCCAAGACCCAUAAAUCACCUAGCAGUGACAGCUGGACAUAUGCAGACAAUUCCACAGAGAAGAAGAGCUCAGAUAGCUGGGAUAUCUGGGGCUCAGGAACUGUCUCCAACAACAAAAACAGUAAUAACAGCGACAGCUGGGAGAAUUGGGAAACCAACUGGGAAAAUGCUGGAGGGGAGGGCAAAACUACUAAGGCCCCAAAGAAGGUGACCAAAGCAGCAACAUCCUCCGAUGAAGGAUGGGAUAACCAGAACUGGUAGACACAGCAUUGGCCACUGGUGGAGAGAAGUCCUCCAACAGUUAUAGGCCAUCUUGUGCUUAAUCUUCAUUUCUCCUGACAUCUGUUUUGCCUGAGACAACGAGACAUAUGAAGCAAAUAUGAAAUUCUCUGAGGUGAUUCAGCAUGACCAUUGCUCUUCAGUCAUCAAAACUCUUUGCAGGCAUUUGAGCUUUCUUGGGCUACUCUUUGAAGCCAGAUGACUUUCUUCAGGGUGUCCUGUCCCAGAAACUUCCAGUUCAAGUGCAAGCACUUUCUCCUGGCUCCGUACUGCAUGUGCAAUUUUUCUAGAAUUUCUUGUGCAGUCUUCAUUGUACUGAUGUGUUAGAGUCCAGGACCAGAUGAUGUCAUCAAGGGGCAACAAAAAGAACUGCAGUUCUUUGAAUGCAGAAUGAAAGACAUUCAUUGAAAUGACACUAAAUAAAAUACCUUCCUGAAUUGUUAGGAUGAAUGAAAUUAUGUGAAAUGUUUUUGACCUUUUAUGAAAUGUCUUUUUAAAUUGAAAUGCCUUUUAAGUUUAAAGGGUUUUGAUUUUUUUUCAUUGUUCUCUACAAAGAAUUCCUAGAGUUGGAAAACUGAAAAAUAUAGAAAGCAAUAUCAACACUGACCUUUGGCCAUCCUGCCCCUACUUGGAUGUCCAGAUCGUCCUUGUUGCCUUUUCUCUCUUUCUCUCUCUUACCAUUUCAGAUCUAUAUGCCCAUUGUUCAAAUCCCUCAGGGUGAUAAUAUUUAUAAUGCAAAGUGAUACAACUUAAAACAUUAUUACAAAAGAGUAUUCUUCUGUCAUUCCUUUUUAACCUUUUUACUCUUACUUGCUAACCUGAACACUUUUAAUUAGUAACUUUUUUUCCCUUACCAUUUCUCAUAGUACCUAUUUUGAGAUCUUUUUACCACACUCACAUCUACAGAUGUGAACUUUAAAUCAGUGUUAAUACCAUAAAGGAAUGCAACUAGGACAUCAAAAUGAAAGGAGUAAAAAUAAAAUACCAUUAAAUAAAAUGGUAAACCACUUUGGUUCUAAAUAUAAAUGUUAUUUUUUAAUCUCCAUUCUGGCUCUCCAAAUCUAGUUUUACUUUAUUUGUUGUAUGGUUAGUUAUUAAAAUAAUCUUUGCUUUCUCUUUCUUCUUACCUGUUUGCUCUGGAUUAUACCUGAGAAAAGAAUUCUGUUUUUAUAUUUUCUUGCUAGCACUGCAAUUCAUCAGAGCAAUGAGCAUUAAAAUUUAAUUCACACUAUUGAUUAAAGCAAAAUUGCCCAAAAGAAUAAUUUUAUAGGGAAAUAUACCAGAGAAGCAGAUUUUUAUUAUUCAUUUUUCUCUAGGCAUUCUACAAAUUUUCUUUACUGUUUCAGUGUUAAUAUAGCUUUUUUUUUUUAAGUCAAUUUUGGAAUUCACUUAAACCUCCAAUCAUGGUGCCAUGGAUGAAAAUUCUCAGAAAAUGUGACACCCUUUUAAACCUUUGACUGGCUUUCAUAGAAAUUUUACACUCCUCAAAGGGGUGAUAUUUGUUAUCUCGGAAGUUUAUUCAUGUUAAUUCUUUGUUAUUGAAAAAUGUGGUCAAAAACCAUAAAGAAGGAUUCUUUUUUGAGGAGGAGAAUGGGGAAGAUGGGGCAAUCUUUUCAAAGUAUAAUUGUGCUAGAUAUUGGUUACCAAAGCAGUAUCAGGAUUUGAAUAUGGAAAAAAAUCAUACUUUGUAUAUUUGAAGUUGGCACCAUUGUGCUCACUGCACUAUUUUCCCCUGUUUCAGUUAACAUUUAAUUCUUGAUAGUUUUUAUUUUUAAUUUUAUUUUGCUAUUGUCUUUCCUUUGAUAAGUGUCUUCUACUUGUCUGCAGUUAUUGAAUCUUCUAGUGAGCUAUUUUUACUUGACCAUAUGGGAGUUUUAUCUGGUUUAAAUAUGCUAACUUAAUACAUUACUUUUUUCCACCACCUGUUUUCUUUUACAUGGAGACUUCUUUUAAACAAAAAACAAAACAGAUCUAUGUUUUGAUAAUAAGAAUUUCUGCCAUAAUGGCCAAGAUUCUUUGCUCUUUUAGGAAUGCCUAGCCUUUUUUUCAUUCAUCUUGUCAUAUUGUUCUGAAGACUACACAGUUUAAGUGCAUGUUAACAUGAAAUAAUUUGUCCGUUAAUCUUUUUUGCAUCAACUCUUACCUCAUCACUUGUCAUCUGUGGAUUUUGAAACAGUAGUGCAUGUAACCUGAAAGCCUUGUCUAACUUAAAUAUAAAAUGUUUUCUCCACUUUCUUGAUUAGCAGUGAGUGUGUGUGUGAGUAUAGACAUAUAUAUGUAUAUACAUAUAUACAUAUAUAUGUAGUAUGAUGGUAGCAGUAUUUAUGUCAACAAAAGUCACUGGAUGGAUUGGGUCAUCUAAUUGUUCAAGUUAUCUAUCUCAAAUGAUCCAUAGACAUUUUGGCUUUCUGUGUGCUUUCUUCUUAUUGUUGGAUUCUAUCAAUCUUUCCAUAACAAGAUAGAUUUUUAAAGAGCAAACAAUCUCUUGCAUAUUCUUUUGCUUUAACAUUCCAUUCAUUUAUCCUUUUGUGCUUAUGUUAAUAUUUAUGUCCAUCAGUACUGUUUCAUAUUUCUAGGAUUUGUUUAAGUCUAAUUCAUUUCAUAAAGUAGAAUAUUUUUAGCUCAUACCUCAGUAAAGCACAACUUGAUGAAAAUGAAGUUUUUCUAAAAGAAAAAUAUUCCUGAAGUUCACAGUUCCAGGAAGUAUAGUUGUCAGUCACCAAGUAUUGCUAUAAGUGUUUGUUGAAAUAGCAUUUUAAAGGAAUCUAUGAAUAGGUCGGUAAUAAAACAAAUCAACUUUCAGUUUAGGAAUUUGUGUGUGUUUUUAAAACAAGGUGAAAGUUAAUUUCUUCUCUCGAAAUAGAGUAGUAAUAGUCAGGGAGAAGAAUAAAGUAUCUUGGUGGACAUUGAGAAAUCUUUGCCUGGGUGAAAUAGGUUGAAAAUGUAUUCCAGUACCCAGUAGGUAUAUUACAUUCUCCAAGGGAAUCAUUUGCUCUGAUUAGGACCUCUUGCCAUUUUGGAUUAGGUAGUUAUGGGAGUUCAUAGGCUAUAUUGAUACCAAACCAAUGAUGAUAUGAAGACAUUUUUACUUGUUUGGCAUCUGUUCUCCAUAAAAACAAAAUAGAUAUAUUAGGCUAAGAUGACAAAUUAAAGGAACUUGAGGAUUUUAUGUAGGUGAACAUUUCUUUCCUAGGACUAACUUAACAUACUUCAGAGUCAUAGGUAGUGAUUGUCUGAUGGCAUAUUGGAGGAAGAACAAACUCUGGAGAAGUUCAAGAAAUUGAGCCAUUAUGUGUGACAAAUCUGUCUUCCAGUGUUCCCAAACUAGAAUGCUGUAAAAGAGCCUAGCCUUUUUAAAUUGGCUUCAGUUUUUUGUUACUGUUGUUUUGUCUUAGCUCUUGAAUUUUACAAUGUUGUUUUUUGGUUUUUAAUUUUUAAUUUUCCUCCAUUUUUUGGAUUCAUUGAUAAAACUGCUACUUAGUGUUUUUUUUUUUUUUUCUGUCCAAACUUAGUGACAUUCUUCUGGUAGGUGAAGAAUUUAUGUUAUGAUUGUAACAAUUGUGCAAUAUCUUAAUAUGUGUCAACAAAUUUUCCUUUCUUUUUAUCUAAUCCAGAAAGUAAAAUUUUAAGGUGCAGUCUCCCUUUUUGAAAUUAGAGUAUUAGAUACCUCACUUGCAAAUGUUUGUUGUUGCUCAAGGGGAAACUUUGAAGGAAUUCUUAGUGCUAGUCAAAAGGUGCAUUCCAAAACCAGUUUCCAGAAUGCUAUAACAGGGUGUUCUAAUGUGACCUUCAUUGUAUAUCAAAGAAAACAGUUCUUUCUCUGUGUCAAUUGCAGAUAAUUUUAUAGCAUGCUAUCCAAGAUAAGGGGAGACUGUAUCUUCAAUUUUCUUGGUCUGUUUUUGUGGUGUUUUAAGGAUUUGGAAAUUUCAGUGAUGUUAUUCUGUUCUAUAAAAAUGGUAUUGGACUUAAACUGCCAUGUCAUCCUUUAAAUGAACAUUACAAUAAAGCAAAGAGAAAUAGAUGCAA